CCUUUCUCUGCUUCAAAAUCCCAAGCGGCGACUAUCAAACAUCGCCGCAAUACGCAACCAAUCACAUUCCUCUUAAAUUCAAAUCUGCCACGUGUCUCCAAGUAAUCGCCAGUUUCCUCAUAUAAAGCCUCGCGUCCCAGUUAAUUACGCUGACGUCCUUCCUUUACAAGGGCCCCACUUUUUCCACGUUAGUUUUGACGGACCCCACCGUCCGUUCCGUUCUAAGCGCUUCUCUCUCCCUCUCCCUCUCCCUCUCUCUACGUACUUUCUCUCUCGCGUUCGUUUCAGUUCGCUCCUCCUCCUCCUCUCUUAUUUCGUUUCUGCAAACUGAGCCAAAACCCUAAUCAACCAUUCUUGCAGAGCCAUUGGCUGGUGCUUUGUGGCGUUCGGUUACUAUCUCCUGAGCAAUGUGCGGCAUUGGUGGAAUUGUUAUGUAGUGCGAGCUUGAGCAUUGUCGGAUUCGUCUAAUCGGGUUACCGAUGGCGAAGAGCCGUUCGAUUUGUGAAUACCGAAAACUGCGAUUGUUAUUGGUUUUGGCCUUUAUUAUGUCUGAUUUGGUAGCUCGUACCGGUCGGCUUAAGCAGCGAUACGAGAACGGCUAUCGCCUUGUCGCCGGAUGCAUUCCAUUUAGGUAUAGAAGUUCUGAUGUUUGUGACUCUAACUCCAAGAAGAUUAUCGAAGUCCUUAUGAUUAGCUCGCCUAGUGGACCUGGCCUUUUGUUUCCAAAGGGAGGUUGGGAGAAUGAUGAAACUGUUGAGGAGGCAGCUACAAGAGAAUCAAUUGAAGAAGCAGGAGUUCGAGGGGACCUAAUGGGUUUUCUUGGUUACUUUGAGUUUAGGAGCAAGACCCACCAAGAUGAGUUCAAUCCAGAAGGAUUGUGCAAAGCAGCAAUGUUUGCCUUGUUGGUUAAGGAAGAGCUUCAUACAUGGCCUGAGCAGAAGUUUAGAAAUAGGAGUUGGCUGUCCAUAUCAGAAGCAUUUGAAAGCUGUCGACAUGCAUGGAUGAGGGAUGCUUUGGAUUGUUUCUGCAAAUGGCAUGAGUGUGGAUUGGCAGGCACAAGGGACGAUUUUCCUAAAGUCACAACUUAAAUAAAAUAUUUAAGGUGUUUGCUAUCAGAUUAUUCAAUACAAAUAUAUAAUGUAAAAGAAUAUUUUUGAAAAGAUCAAUCAUGCGGUGCUAAAGCAUGUCUACAUGUGAUGUUUUUUUGUUAAAAAACUUGAUAGCAAACCACAACCAUGGUUAGUAUUUUUUUUUUUUUCAUUUCUUAAAUAGGUUUUGUUUUCUUAUUUAUCUCUAGGUACUUCAUCAACUGAAAUUUGAAAGUUGAUCAUGGGGUAAUAUUACUUUGCAGAGUUAUUAUAUUUCUAAUUAGAAUUAGAAUUACAUGAUUACUAUUACAA